CCUCCUCGGUAUCUGCGUGUCUCCUCUCCCUCUCUCCGCUGCCUGGACUCCUUUUUUCCUUUUUUUUUCCGCUCCGGACUCGGACUGAAGGUAGAAAAUAUGAAAUAACAUGAAAAGCAGUUUUGCUGAGAGCAGCUGGACCAUCUGAGCGUCGUUGCGCAGCUUCUGCACAAACUCGCCGGUUUUGGUUCUUUUCUCUGGGAAUAAAAGGCAAACGCGGAGCUUCUGGGAGCCGCUGCGGAGUUCUUCUGUCCGGAGGAUCCGGUUUCUGCUCAAGUCAGGAAGGAGUUUUGAGAAAAAGCUAAAUCCCUUCAACCUGAGAACAAUUACUGAGGCGUCUAUUGGGUCUUUCUGCAGGACCAUGCCCGCCUCCAGCAGCAGAACUCACUCUGCUCCUCCUCAAUGCCACCAAAUGACCGGAGGGACUGAAGUUUGAGGACACAGCGCCCCCUGCUGGACCCCAGCUGCAGCCGCAGGCCAUGGCUGAGCCCACUUACUCGGACCUGAUCGCCAAACACUACAACUACACGGGCAAGUUCCGCAAGUCGACCCUGCAGGAGUCGAGUCUGAAGGCGGACUCCGUGAUCUUCAUCAUCGUGUGCUGCUUCAUCAUCCUGGAGAACAUCCUGGUCCUCACCACCAUCUGGAGGACCAAGAAGUUCCACAAGCCCAUGUACUACUUCAUCGGGAACCUGGCGCUGUCGGACCUGCUGGCCGGCGUCGUCUACACGGCCAACAUCCUGCUGUCCGGCGCCAACACCUACAAGCUGACGCCCACGCAGUGGUUCUGCAGGGAGGGCAGCAUGUUCGUGGCGCUGGCGGCGUCCGUCUUCAGCCUGCUGGCCAUCGCCAUCGAGCGCCACCUCACCAUGCUGAAGAUGAAGCUCCACAACAACGGGAACACCUUCCGGGUCUUCCUGCUGAUCAGCACCGUGUGGAUGAUCGCGGCGGUGCUGGGCGGGCUGCCGGUGAUGGGCUGGAACUGCAUCCGGAGCAUGGCGCAGUGCUCCACCGUGCUGCCGCUCUACCACAAGACCUACAUCCUGUUCUGCACCACCGUCUUCAGCGUCAUCCUGCUGGCCAUCGUGGUGCUCUACGCCCGGAUCUACGCCCUGGUGCGCACCCGCAGCCGCAAGCUGGUCUUCCGCAAGGUCACCAACGGCCGAGGCAGCGCCGGCGCCAACAACAAGAGCUCGGAGAAGUCCAUGGCGCUGCUGAAGACCGUCAUCAUCGUCCUGAGCUGCUUCAUCGCCUGCUGGGCGCCGCUCUUCAUCCUCCUGCUCCUGGACGCGGCCUGCGAGACCCUGGCCUGCCCCAUCCUCUACAAGGCCGAGUGGUUCUUGGCGCUCGCCGUCCUCAACUCCGCCAUGAACCCGCUCAUCUACACGCUGACCAGCAACGAGAUGCGCCGGGCCUUCCUCAAGACGCUGCUCUGCUGCACCGCCUGGAUCCGGCCCAGACCCAAGUGCGCGGGACCCAUCAUGGGGGCGGAGUUUAGCCGCAGCAAGUCGGAUAACUCCUCCCACCCCAACAAGGAGGAGGUGGAGUACUCGCCCAAGGAGACGACGGUGGUGUCCUCCGGGAACGUCACCUCGUCUUCAUAAACCAGGAGUCACGGUCGGGUCGGAUGGAGAGUUCUUUUUUUGGGGGGCUCGGUUUCAUCUCGGACCUUCAGGGAAUCCGGGCUGACUGGAUUCAUGGAGACUUGGCAAACUUGACCUGAGUCAGAGGAGGUCCACCCAACGUAGCUGGUGUAGCUGUGGUGUCUCCAGACGUUUCUGCUCCCCAGCUGUAGGCGUCCAGCCCACAGCGUCGCUCGUGGACUGGGUCAGAACAGAACUGGAUCCAGCAGGUUUCCCCUAUUGUCUUGUUGAUGAAACAGAACGUUCUCCUGGGAAUACAUAGCGCCGGGAUCCUGGGAGCGCCGGGACGCUUUAUAGCUGCUCUAGAGGUGAAUCCUGAAGAAAAAUGAGCUCCGCUUGGGUUUGAACCGGACUUUCUACUGACCCUUCAAGAACAACUAGAACUCGUAGCACUUAAACACACUACUGUCAAUUAUUUAAGAGAUUAGAUCCUAUAAAUCCGUCCCCUCCCAUCCGCUGUUCUUAAAGAAAACCCGACGUUUGGACACCUGGGUGUGAAAUCACAGCUCAGCUGCUUUUUCCUGUUUUUUCCCCACAUAAAUCAUGCGAUUCAACAAACAAAAUCUGGACUUUUUUUAAAACAAUUAUUACAUUUUUCAAAAACUAACAAAAGAGGGUAUAACUAUUGUUUUAUUGCUCUUAUAUUUAAAAACACAAGACAAAAAUAAAUGUGUUGAAAAUAUUAAAAUGCAAAUUAAGUCACUAGAAGGAAAAAGCUUAUUUAAGAUGUAAGAUAAUACUUUUUACUUACAGUAAGUUACAAUUUUCCACAUUCUGAAGUAAGGAUGCAAAUAUUACAACAACAAAAAAA